UCUUUUCCAAUGUGCGUGUGGCUGUGAAAACUCCUGUGCGCAGUCCUUGGUCGCAACAAAAAUGCCCGGCUUGUGGAUUUGAAUAGCUGCGGUUUCUGAAUACCAAAACGCCCGAGCCGAUCGCUCUGAAGCACGUAGCAUAUCCACCCCAAAUCACCAGUAUAGCCGAACCGGACGAGAUCUCCUAACAACAUGCCCUGUUUUGAGUAUUACUCUCUCAGACCAAGGAGGUUGAACAGACGUACAUAGUUUGGAUACUAUUUUUCUUCAACCCCAUUAGCAUGUGGGCUGGGUCAGGGAAUACACUAUCCCCUUUGAUAAAAUGAAAGGAUCAGACUGUGACCAAUCAGCGGCCAGUGGACCGGAUGUAACUCUCCCCAGAGGCUGCUAAUGAGGUGUCAGUUUCCAUCAAAUUGACGCGGACUGGCCCUCCAUAUUUGGCGGACAUACAUCGGGGGAAGCCUGGCCGACUUGAUCAGCUCUUCUACCGCAGGAUUUUACUGGGGUUGGAAACAUGGGAGAAGCGAAGGGAUAGCGAUCCAUGACCGUACAUGGAGGUCUUAAUCGCGGGGCCGCGGUAAGAGCUAGAUGGAGCCCCGGAGAAGCCGCCAGCAGCAGACUGUGCGACACAAGGAGCCGGAUCUAGUGUGGUUACCCCGUCAACUGUGCCCGGACAGUCCCCGCACCACCCCGCGGACACAAACCUUCUCACGGCGGCACCAGAACCGCCCUGGCCCCGGCCCCGCUCGGAGGGAGAGACAGGGCAGUUCCCGCGAGCCGGACAGGGUCCGGUCGGUUCAACCGGUACCCGGAGUUGCUCGGGAGGUUUCCAGGGUACAUCUAAGGAGCAACUCGGGGGCACGAGGGUCCCGAGACUCGGGUAGAGCCAGCAGUGCCGCCCGCCUGGAAAAUGGUCACGACUUGGAGACAAGCUCGCGGGGUUCUCACCACGGAAGUUCCGCUCGAAGCUCGCGGGAAUCAGCCAACUUUGUCCGGCAGGGCAGUCUGCGAACUAGCGCUAGUAGGAGGUUGGAACAGAGCUCUGAGGAUAACAGGAAUGCGCGAGCUCGAGUACCAGAGAGCGAACAGGACGUUCUCUCCAUAGACCAGAUUAAACCUAGCUCUCGUCGAGUGGAGAACGAGUACGUGGACCCCUUCAAGAAAAUAAAAAAUAAUAACAGUUUGCAAAGAACUUCAACGGGGUCGCUGAGGUCUGUCAACACUAUUGUGCGAGUGGACAGUAGGUCUGACAGAGACCAUGUGGAGGUAAGAACGGUUGGGCACAAGAAACCCAAGUUCCAACACAACACGAGCACCAUUAAAAAGGAGACAGACAAGAUUAAAAUCAAGGUGAAAACUGAAGUCAAACCGGAGGAACAUCCUUUCUUCCAUUGUUCAGAGUGUGGGAGAUGCAAAUGUCCAGAUUGUGCACAGAAGAAAGUAGAAAGUACAAACGAUGCAACGACAUGCGGGAAUAGACUGAUGUGUACAGGUGAGGAUGCUCUGGAGUAUGCUACUUGUAUGUGUUGUGUGAAGGGCGUCUUCUACCACUGUAGCAAAGACAACUGUGACGAUGAUUUCAGCAGUGCAGACAACCCCUGUUCUUGCAGUAGGAAACACUGCUUCCUGCGCUGGACUGCACUGGGGCUCAUGGGGAUGUUUCUUCCCUGCCUGUUGUGCUACCUUCCUGUCAGGGGAUGUAUGAGAUUAACCACAGCUUGUAACCACAGAGGGCAUAAAAAAGGAUGUUUGUGUAGAAGUCAGGCUCAAAGCAUCAACUACCAUUCGAACUGCUAGCAAACAGGAAAUGUUGAGACUCAACAGUACAGGUAAACUUAUUUAAGUAGUCAAAAAGCCAACAAUGUUUUAAAAGCUAGCUGAAAUACCACUGGCUGUCAUGCUCAUUUGCAUAGCUUUGUACCCAUCAAUCUGUUUUCCCCAAUGUCUACUCCAGUAAUUACCUAAGAAUAACCCAUAUCUGUCUCACUUUCUUGGUCCUGCCAUAAUAUUCUUUACUCUUUGUUCUGCUGUGAUGUUUCCUUCUAAAUGCUAAAACUGUUUUGUUACCAACUGAACAUUCAUUAUUAUGUAUACUGUACUGUUCAUUCUGUAAUCUUAUUAUAUAGAGUUAAAUGAGACUAAAUUGCCCAAGACCAGCCCAAACCAUUCUUAGUGAAAGAGAACUUAGGAGGGAUUUCGUAAAAUCAAAAAAAAUUCCUGGCAUUGGUGUAUAGAGAGGAGACAACACUUUAUACGGAUACUCUUUGCAAAGUGAUCAGUAGGGUUUCUAAUAACUUUGUCUCUCUCUCAAUUUCUGGCAUACCUACACUGCUCAGUCCAUCGCAAAAAUGUAAAAAGUUAUCUGCCCUUUUUAAAAGUUGUCGUUUGUUCCUUUUUCGUAAUCUGACCUCAAACACCCAUUUUGUUUUUUGAAGCAUUCCUUAUCUCUGGUUCAACAUGUUUCUAUAAGUAUCUGUCUGUCAUCCCGGAACUGGGAUUCAUCUGGCUGGCAGAGAAAUCCUGCCUGGGACAGGCAUGUGCGCUCCAGUGGUCCUGACUAGAUGUAGAUGGUAUUCCCCAUGUCCAGAUGUUUGUAGGUCUGAAAUCACUCUCUCCAUUCAUGCAAACAGAAAACUCUGACCAAAAUAAAAUUGAUUCUCCUACUCUCCAAGCAGAGGUUGGGUUUGGGCUUAUUUUUGGCAUGUUUUUAGGCUUUUUAUCAGGCUUUUAUUUUUUGCACUGGUAACAUUUUUAUACCACUGCAAAAAGAAAGCCUGAUUUAAAAAAAGCCUAAAAAUGCCCCAAAUCAGCCCAAACCCAAAUCUCUGCUUGGAGAGUAUAAUUCUCCGUGAUUGUGCAAUGUACAGAAAGAGACCCUGUAUGUCAUUUGGUUCAAAACAACUCUCACUAGAACUACAUUUGUAUAAUGGCUGGUCCAUUCCAGCAGCGGUCAAGGCUACUUGAUUCUGGCACAUGUAGUUGGCCCAGUAGGUCCUGCUAGCCUUUUGUAAAGACAGAACAUUGUUGAACACUGGACACAUUUCCCCCUACAAGUCUCCCAAACGGUUAAUCCUGCUGAAAGGUAACAUGACUGUUUUGUACAUAAUUAUGUUGAGAGAGGUGCCAUAUUGUAUGAAAAUGUGUACAGUAUUAGACUAUAUGAUUUGUUGUAUCAUUCCUGAAAAUAUUGAAAAUGUAAGAAAUUUUGAAAGAAUUGUUGAGAAGGCAAAGUCAGUAGCACUUUUGCAAGAGUGUAUAGUUGUUACAUUGUAUAUUUGUAUAUGUACAAAAUCUUGUCUUUUCCUAAAAAUAUUUAAGACCUUUUCUCAACACCUUUAUUUGCAUCUGUUGCUAGUGGAAGAAAAGUAUUUAUUAUCAUUAUUUUGGAAUUCUAUUAUUUUAUGAUAUUUAUUUCUGCCAAAUGCCCAAAGGUCAACUAGAGUUCAUGUAGGAUUGGUAGUAAGUUGCUCCUUACAGAGUAUACUUACAUCAUUCAACACUGCCAUUUGUGGGGAAAGUACAACCAAUCACCAAUAAAAAGCUUGAGUUACUGA